AUGAAUGUCAGUGUUGCAUUAAAUGAAAUUCCAGAGGCUGGUCCUGGGAAGAAAGUCAUGUUUACGUCAAUAGCGCUCCUGGUCGGGAUGUAUCCGCCAACGUCACCAAAGUACCCGGGACGUAUCUACUUAACAGAUUUUUCAGAGAUUGCACCUCAUAUUGAUCCAUGUCCUGAUCAAAUUGCUGUUAGAAAGCUGGGCUAUGAGUUUGACGUCAAAAAAGUUUUGAGAUGUUACAUCUUCCAGGACGUCCUAGAUAGAUUUUUCAGCGGAGUGGACCCUCUGUUAGGAGAUGAUGACAUCCCAGUGAAUCCUCCCAUGGAUACCAAAUAUUCUUUAAAUUCUCUGUUGGAAGUUGCUGAUAAAGCCCGUAUCGUGGGGUUUAAAGGUCAAGUCACUGUGGUGAGAAAUUCUACAACCGAAACUGUUAGAAUCUCGUCCAUGUGGUACGUAGAUGAUCUGUAUAGUCUGGGAGCUCAUGAUCUCUUUCUUUAUUCAGCUUUCAUUGGAAGAAUGAGAAGAGACUGUUUAAAGCUAUAUCAGUUGGAAAAGGUCCGUCUGGAUCGCCUACUAAAUUCUGAGGAGAAGAUAAGCUGGAGACCAAAAGCAGUAGAAAAUGGGUUGGGAUCAGACAAAACCAGAGAUAUGAAGAUGAUGUACUCAUCUUCACCAUGCUCUUUAUCAAGAGAAGAUUCCCUUUUCAUAUCAAAACGAUCAAGGACGUCAAAUGAUUCCUUUACAGAUGAAAGAUCCAGUACAAAGGCAUUACCGGUGUCGGCGGGGGCAUACUCUUCGAAUCCUACAGUGGCAGAACUUGCCAAUCGUUUUUCUGGUCUUAAUGACGUUGUUACUGAUGAAAUGUUCCUCGUGACAGCCAAAGUGGUUGAAGUUCUCCCUCUAGAUAUGGAAGUGGUGUACAAAACAUCUCCCUCGGGGUCACUAUUUAUACACCCCUUGAACCUUCGUAUUGCCGACCAAGUGUUACUGUCCAUAUCACAGGAACAAUACAUUGAUAUUACAAUUGGAAUUGACUGGAUCCUGCGAUUUUUUCAGUAUCCUGACUUGGAGAAACUGUAUAUUGAUUGGGUUUCCGUCAAAAACAAGUUGGAGACGAUCGUUACGAACAGACAGCCAAUUAAAUUUAGACUACGAAGAAAACAUGUUCUUGUUGCUCCCGAUGUUACACAACCAGCAUGGCAUGCUAUGGACUUGACUAUAAACGACCUGGUGUAG